GCAUUGAGGCCUCUAUAAUGAAUGCACAUCCUCACCAUCCCCCCUUUCUUAGGAACAAACAAAAUCAGCGCACCGUAGGGAAACACACUAAGCCGUAUCCAUUGCAAGCCCGUUGAUCGAUCUAACAUGUCUUGACACCUCAUGGGAAUGGACAGCUGACUGUGAGCAUGCUUACACUUUAACUCAUCACGAAGUACUAAAAAUCCUGGAUCCUGACAAACCAUUUGUUGUGACAAUGGACGCUAGCCAGUACAAUGUACGGGCAGUUCUUGAGCAGCAGGAAGGGGAAAAGUUGAGGCCUGUUGAGUACAUGAGCAAGAAGAUGUCAUCCAAAAAGUCUUUGGAAGGGAAAGGUUUGAAGUGUGAAUUUCCAAGCAACACGUUAUCGAAGCUCACGACAAUCAGACAGAUAUUGUUGAAGUCAAAUCAAUUCUUCGGCACCGUGAAUUGGACAGAGCUCUCCAAACUUCAGAGUCUGACGGACCUUGACCUCUCAAGAAACAAUCUAAGUGGAUCUAUAUCCUGUGAGUUAGCUUCAAGGUCCUUGGAGCAUCUCGGCCUUGGGCAUAACAAGUUCACAGGGGAAAUCCCUUUUUGCUACUUGGAGAAUCCGGGGCUGUAUUCAUUCUCCAUUGAAUACAACAGCUUAGUCGGAUCUUUGCCCGCAAAACUUUCACCGCAGCUCGUGCUGCAGCAAUUUAUAAUCAAUGACAACCAGAUUGGUGGAACCAUCUCCCCAGAUUUUGGGAACUUGACGUCAUUGACAAUUUUUUCAAUUGGGAAUAACAAGAUUAGUGGGACUAUCCCAGACACUCUCUUCAAGGAGUCUCUGUGGAUACUUAACCUAGCGGGAAACAACAUUACAGGUUCCAUUCCAAGCACCGUCGGAGCUGCAGUAAACUUGGAGGUUCUCGAUAUCAGUAGCAAUAGAAUUGGAGGUCCACUUUCGUCUUCUGUUUUAUCACUCGCUAAAUUGAGGGAGCUCAUGUGAGUACCUUCUGCUAUAUCCACUCUUAAAGACUUGCUUCUGAAGUGUCUUUGGAAAAUGAAAAAAGAAAAAAGAAAAAACGGAAAAAACGGAAAAAAAAAUCAAAAGGGAUUUUUAUG